GCCCCACUCAACUUGGUGUCAGUGGGGGCAGGAAUAGUGCCCUGUCAUUGUGCCCCAUCAUUGAUGUCAGUGUGGGGGGGGGGGGAUAGUGCCCCAUCAUUGGUGUCAGUGGGAGGAAUAGUACCCCAUCAUUGGUGUCAGUGGGGGAAGGAAAAGUGUUCCAUCAUUGGUGUCAGUGGGGGGGGGUGGAGUAGUGCCCCAUCAUUGGUGUCAGUGGGGGGAGUAAUAGUGCCCCAUCGUUUGUGUCAGUGGGGG